UUCCUCCCGAGGCCUGUCUGCUUCUAUUCCUAUUCCACCCUCGACACCACGUCUUGCCAGCGAAGCAUGCAGACGCAGCAGCAGCAGCAGCAGCAGCAUCAGUAGCUGUCUGUAUGUAAUCUGACAGACAGACAGACGUUGCAUCCAUCUUUUUCCUUUCCAUACCUACAUGGAAUCGACAACAUGCAUUUUGCCCUCAAUGCCAUGUCCUCGUCACCAUCUUUUCUCUUCUUCUUCUUCUUCUUCUUCCUUUUUCCCCUGUCUUCUUCCCACGUCAAGCAUCCCUUCCUUCAUGGGUGUUUCCCCUGCUCUGUUUCCCAAUAAUCCGACACGCGCGACGGAAGGAUCCCGUAGACCCCAUCUACGUCGACAUGUACAGUAUGACUACCCGCUGACUACAGACAUGGCGCAUGCCACCCUUUCACGGCAUCCGCACAUGACUGCUUCUCCAUGCGGUGCUGCCCUGCCCUGCCCUGUGCCGUAUUCCAUGUCAUCACUGCUUUGGCACAUCCCGCUGCCAGCCUGCAUCAUUGUGGCUUGCCACUCCACGUCUCCAUUCGAUCCACUUCAUUCUUCUUUUCGCCCACUGCAGUCGCCCAUGCAACUCCCGCCCGGCAUCGGCAUUCACCACCGCGUGGGGGACAAGCAUUUAAUCAAUGCGUGA